AUGAUUCCGAAGUUGCAGUUCGCCAAGGUUGUCCGAGGUUUGCUGCCCGAGGAUUUCAGGAUCUCUGCUGACGGCUUGCUGGCUUUGCAAACAGCCGCCGAAGAUGAAGCACAUCGCGUUUUGAGCUGCCUGGCUACAUUGGCCGAGUCAUCUGGGCGUCAGGAGCCACUUGCCCGAGACGUUGUGACCAUGAAGAAAAUCCUUCAGUUGGCACCGAGCAGCGAGACAGUGAUUGAAGCUCGGCCCGAGAAGGAGGUGAAGGUCAGAUGUGGCCCGAAGAAGACCAAGGUGAAGACCGAGCAGACUGUCGUUAAGGCCGACAUAAAGUCCGAGACAAAGGUCAAGCGUGAACUUGUCUCUGGCCCGGGGCUUGCGGCACUGCGCACGAUUUCUGUGAGAAAGCCGAUCUUGGCAGUCCUAGAGAACGUCUGUGGGCUGAAGGCGUUCAUGACAGGUGUGGUCCAGCGAUUGACCAAGUUCGUUGCUGGAGACUACCAAGUUGUCGUCGUGCCUGGUCCAAGAUCUUGUGAUACAUGCAGCCGCAUGGCGGGAUGUCUAUUUUUCUACGUGAGUCUCAACUCUAGUCCAGCUAAGUUGGAGUUCGACGCUGUCGUGCUGGGAGCAGCAACGAGAAGGCCGAGGUUGUGGUUCCUGCUGAUCAGGAAGGAUUCGCUUCGGGUGGACGAUGCCGUGGCCGCUGUGUCCGAGCUCUUCCCCAAGCUUGUGAAGGCAGGUGCUGCGUUGCCCGAGAAAAUUUCGAACUUGGACCAGGGUCGCUUGCCUCAAACUUCGCAGCCGAAUUCACAUGAAUGA